GUAUCAGUGUUGUACGUUACCCGGAGCCUCCACCAUUUCCCUCCACAUUCGGGACCACAUUCCCGACUCCACGCAUACACCACCUCGACAUCAGCACACCUCAGCACACCUCGCAGCGCCGUCUCCGCAUGGACCAAACCGGCCCAUCCAGUCCUGAACAUUCAUCGCAAUUCCCAAAAAUCAGCCCCCGCUAAUCCAACAAAAUCUCACAAACACACCCACAAUGCACAUUCUCGGUCUCGCCAAUGGCAGCAUCAACGGCAACUCGACCAUCCUCCUCAAAGCCGCGCUGCAGGCCGCCUCCCUGUCCAGCCCGGAGACAACAACGUCCUGGAUCCACAUCCCGUCUGUAUCGUACCCGGCGAACGCAGGGCCGCUGAGCCACGCGCAGGACGUCAGCAUGGGCGCGAAUGCAGGAAACAACGCGCACGGGACUUCUAGCACAAAGGUCGAGACGGUGGAUGACCGCAAGGCGCUGUAUGAAAGCAUCAUGGACGCGGAUGCGAUUCUGUUUGCGACAGCGGUGUAUUCGCACCAGCCCGCAGGGAGUCUCAAAGCGGUUCUGGAUAAAGUGCUAGGGCCGUACACAGACCCUGCGUUUGCGAGUCGCAUCCUUGCCGGGCAGCGCGCAGGGGAUGCCAAAUUCGCGGCGAUGAGCGUCGACACGCGCAUCCUCAAGCCAAGGGUCUGUGGGUUCAUGGCCGUCGGCGGCUCUACGACGCCAGACCAGUUCACGAUGGCGCUCCCCACGCUGCAUCUCUUCGCGUACAGUCUGCACGCGCGCGUCAUCGACCAGGCGGUCGUGAUGAGCUGCGCGAACCCCGGUGCGGUGGUGGACGCGGAGGACGGCGCGGUGAUGACUCGGGCGGCGGAACUCGGGCGUAGGGUUGCGAGCCAGUUGGGCAAAGCUUUUGAUGAGGCGGUGUAUCUGGGGCCGGAGGUGGAGGGAGGGUGUCCGCAUUGCCAUCUUGCCAAGUAUGAUUUCUUCGGGGGCGCGGAGGGCCGGAUGGGGUGUGUCGUGUGUGGGAAUACGGGGCGGUUUAUUGUUAGGAAUGGGAAGGUGGGUGUUGAGUGGGAUGAGGACAGUGAUUAUUGCUGCAUUACGUGGCGGGGCAAGGAGAAGCAUAUCGAUGAUAUUUUUAAGAACGGGAGCAAGGAGUGGAAGGGGUUGCAGGGGAAGAAGGAGGAGCUGGAGAAGUGGAGGGCGUUGGAUGUGGGGCGGGUGACGCUGCCGAGUGAAGAGCAGGCGGGUGUUGUGAGCGCUGUGGCUCAGAUGCAAUUAUAACGUGAACUAUGGUGGUAUAGACAGAGUUGGCGCUAUGCAAGUUACGAGAAUGCGAUAAUGGC